CUUUUUCUUUCUUUCUUUCUUCCUUCCUGCAAAGCGCGCCAACGGCUGCCCUUCCCCGGGUCCCUGCCUGGGCACGGCGGCUCCCCAGGCAGCUGAGAAGGACUUUCAACAAAGAUCUCCCCCGGGAGAGACUGUGGCGGAGCAGAUGCUGAAGCCGCAGGGAGAGUUCCCGACCCCCAGCGAAAGGCCCUGAUCUGUCAGAAGAUGAUGGAGAUGACGAGCCGAGGCCGGACCUUCAGGCAAGGCGGAUGGGGCCAGCCUCAGCUGGGGCUACGUCAGAGGUUUUGCUUGGCUGGCUUCUCCCUGACUCUCUCCGUUAUGACUGUGUGCCUCGGCCAAGGCAGCGAAAAGGUUCCCCAGAGGCCGCCUCGGCAGGUCUCCCAAGACGACGGCCCCGGGAGCAGAGUGCUCGGGGUCUGGAGCGUGUGGGGCUCGUGGUCAACCUGCUCACAGCCCUGUGGCCUCGGGGUCUUGGAAAGGACUCGCUCCUGCCAGUCCCCUUACCAACGGGUUCCCUGGGCUGGAAGGACAGAGCCGGCGCCCCGCCCUGCCUACGCGCAACAGCCGCCGUACCAAGAAGAAGAGGCCGCCAGCCCGUACCCAGCUAGGCCGGCUUUCCCGCUCCACACAGACAGGGACAUCAGGCCCGCGCUGUCUUUCCACGGCAGCGGUUCUGUCCUCCCUCUGCACAGCCAAGUCCCCUCAGCGGUUGCCCCCUACAGUCCUCAGAACCGGUACACCAGGCACGAGGCCUUCCCUGCGGAGGAGAUACCCUCGGCCCAAUUGCAGGGCUCUGUUUCCAGUCGCAAGAAGGACUCUGUUCUCUCUCGUGAGGCAGUUCAACGUCUAAGACCUCAGGGAAACCAGCUGGGCAGGGAAAAACUGCCCAGCCGCGCCUCUUCUCAAAGGCCACCGCACUGGGAUGUGGAGAAGGUGCCCUUCAGACACAGUGGCUCGGCUCGGCCUCCUCUCCGUGGGUCUGUCCCCUUGUUCAAGCCCCUGAGGCGGGAUAGCCUAGAGGCAGGUCUCAGCCCUGACAUGCCCCGUCAUGGCAGCCAAGGAGACAGCGGCAGAUACAACUGGGCGGCAUCCCCAACGCAGGAGUCCCCGGACUCUAGGAGGUCUCGAAUUCGAGAGCUGAUCAAGCCAGGUAAGUAUGGCUAUGGGAAAGUGCCGUUUGCCUUGCCCCUUCACACAGACACGGCGGCAGAGGGGGCUGCGCCCCGCUUUAAGAGGCACCACAGGGACCGAGUGGGUGAGCCUCCGCCCCCUCCGCCCCCACCGCCUCUUCCCCGGGGCAAGAAGCAGAAACGCAAAGCCAGCCGCUCUUCUUCCCAUGAGGAGGCGGCCGGCUGGGAGAAGGAACCGCCAGUGUCUGGAGCUGCCCCUUAUCCUGUCCGCAAACCGAAGAAGCCUCUGGCGGCAGACGACCCGGCUCAGGCCCAGGUGGAGGUUGGUGCAGCGGCAGAGAACGGAGCAGGGCAUGGCCAUCCACGGGUCCUGGGGGCAGAUUCGCACCCCAUGGGGCCAGCUGUGCCCACAGCCAUGAAAAGCCGAGCCUCGGGGGAUGGAGAGCCCCACGAGAAGACCCUGAAGCUGGCAGCAACCUCUCCAGAGCCCCGCGAUGGCAGCAGGCAGCCAGGCCUUCCCAUGGUACCUGUGGGGGGGCUCCAGCAGCAGCAGCCGCCACUUCCCCCUACCAUCUUUGCCUUUGAUGCCCCCCACGUUGGUUCCCAAGGGAGCCCGAUCUCUGGGAGGUCAACUGAGAGCUCAGCCCCUGCUGGAAAGGAAGUCGCAGAAGAUCCCAGCGUUUUGGCAGUAACUGGGGGGCCCCCCUCCCCUCCAGCACAGGCAGAGUGGCGCCUCGCACACCAGGUUUUGAGGAAUAAGAGCUCCACUCCGGAGCAGAACAGCCAUGGGAUGGGGAAGAGCCACAAAGCCGCAGCAGAGCCCCCUGAACGUCCAGUCAGCAGAUCCGGGCAUUUGCCGGACAGGGCAGGGCACGCCACUCGCCCUCCUCACGGGCAAGCCAGGUCCCGCAACCAGCGGCAGAACGAGCACCGAACAGGUGGCCGCAGUUCCAGGCUGCCCCAAAGCCUUUAUGUGGGCCAGCCCGUGGCUCCUCGCCAAGUUGAGCCGGACAUUUGGCUGCUGCACCGAGGCAGCCCCAUCCAGUUCCACGCCAGGGGCCAAGGACCGCGGACGAGCCUGCACCUGGGAACCGAAGAGUCGCAGUGGAAUCUAUACUAUCCGGGCACAGAAACCUUCCACUGCGAGGGAGAAAGCAAGCAAUUCAAGGCCUGCAAGCAAGAGCCGUGCCCAACAGAUCGGCCAGACCCCCGGGCCGUGCAGUGUGCGGCGUACAACAACCAGGAAUUCAUGGGCCGCCUCUACCAGUGGGAGCCCUUCAGGGACGUGCGGGGCACCCAGCGCUGUGAGCUGAACUGCCGCCCCAUCGGGUACCGCUUCUACGUGCGACAUACAGAGAAGGUGCAAGACGGCACGCCGUGUGAGGCCUCUUCCCAGGACAUCUGCGUGGCCGGGCAGUGCCUGGUCCCCGGCUGCGACGGGAUACUGGGUUCAAACCGCACGUUGGACAGCUGUGGGGUUUGUGGAGGGGACCACACCACGUGCAAGCUGGUGGUUGGCAACUUCAGUGACACCGAUGUGCCUAUCGGGUACCACCGCAUCUUGGAGAUCCCAGCGGGGGCCACCCGGAUCAUGGUCAAGGAGAUGACCCGCAGCCCCAACUAUCUGGCCCUUCGGAGUCGCAGUGGCAAAUCCAUCAUUAAUGGAAACUGGGCAGUCAACCCUCCCGGGCACUACGAGGCAGCGGGCACCGUCUUUGUGUAUAGCCGGCCUGAGAGCGACAGGCGCGAGGGAGAGUCGCUAGUGGCCGAGGGACCGACCACAGAACCCAUAGAUGUGUAUAUGAUCUUCCAGCAAGAUAACCCUGGUAUCUCAUACCAAUUCUUCGUGGCCUUGGCGCAGCCAGAUAGCUCCGCUCCGGAUGUCCCCAACCCUCGUCAGGAGUUCGGUGCCCUGGCCAUGGUAUCUUCUGGCAACCCAAGAGAACCAUCCACCUCCCACCUGCGCCCAGGGCCACUGCAUGUGCAAAACCUUGUCCCGGCUCGGCCCCCAAUUUCAUCCAGCCAAUCCGGAAGGAGCGGUGUGGUCGUUCCGCCUCCAGUCUCAUCCAGCCAGUCUGGUAGGACCCCUGGAACUCUGCAGCGGAAUGUCCGUGUCCCACCUCUGCCACCACCACCUCCUCCUGUCCAGCAAAACUCAGAAGUGGUACGUGACUUCUACUGGAAACGAGUUGGCAACACCGAAUGCUCGGCCACCUGCGGAAAAGGUUUCUGGCAGUCGAUCUACCGCUGCGCCUCUCGCACCUUGCAAGAGGAGGUGGGAGAAGAGAUGUGCCACCUUCUACCGAAGCCUGUGGUGACCGAGGAGGCCUGCAAUAUGGAACCCUGUCCUGCCUACUGGGAUGUGGGCGAGUGGUCGGCCUGCAGCACGUCGUGCGGCCUGGGCAGCCAACACCGCCAGGUCCUGUGUCGGCAGAUCUACGCCAACCGCAGCACUAUGGUGCACCCUCAGCGUUGCGGGCAGCUGGAGAAGCCCAACGCCACCCAGGCCUGCCAGGUGCAGGUCUGCAGCCACUGGGAAAUCCGCACGAAUUGGAGCUCGUGCUCUGUCCUCUGCGGCUUGGGCCAUCGGACACGUCACGUCCACUGCAUCAGCAACCAGGGUCAACUACUAAGUGACGGUGACUGCCCAGGCGUCCACCGGCCCGCGACCAGCGAGAUCUGUGACAUGGGCCCUUGCGUGCGCACGUGGUUCCACAGCGACUGGAGCAGCACGUGCUCGGUUGAGUGUGGCCCCGGGAUCCAGCGUCGUGCCGUGGUUUGCUUGUCCAGAAAUGCCAACGGGCCAGCAGAGGAGAAUUGUGCAGGCAACAAGCCGGCUGACAUGAGGGCAUGUAAUGGUGGCCCCUGCCAACGAGUCACCCGCUGGUAUAGUGGACCCUGGAGCCCGUGUUCAGUGGACUGUGGCACCGGCACUCAGCGGCGGGACGUCAUCUGCGUCAGCAAAAUGGGCUCGGACUUCAACGUGACGGAUGCCUCCGAGUGCGCCCACCUGGAGAAGCCACCCUCCUUGCAGUCCUGUGCCGGGACUACCUGUGAGGCCCGCUGGUUCUCCACUGCCUGGAGCGCGUGCUCCAGGACCUGUGUGGGUGGUGUGCAAGUGCGAGAGGUGCAGUGCCUGACCCAGAACAAGACCCUCAGCAGCCUCUGCCCUCCAGAUCUCAAGCCGGUCAAGAAACGGUCCUGCAACAACCAGCCCUGCAUUCCAGACCUUGAUGAGAACUGCAGGGACAAAUACCACAACUGCCCAGUGAUCGUGCAAGCCCGCCUCUGCGUUUACUCCUACUACAAGGCGGUUUGUUGUGCCUCGUGCACACACGCCCUGGAAAGACGCCACGCUGGACCGAGCCGGUAGCACCAGCUGAUGGUGGGCAAGUGGAAUCCGGGCUCCCGGGACAAGUUGGACAAAGAGCCCCCGUCAUCCACAAGCCCCACCCCCCAGGGCAGCAAGAGCCAGGGACGGGGGAGAAUGCCGAAGUGUUUCCAAAAGGGGGAAGACCAGAAGGAAUUGGAACCAAAGACCGAGAGGUCCCUUCAGUGUCCAGAGGGAGCAUCUCAUUGCUGACGGUCGAUUCCCCCUGCUGCCCAGUCUCGAGAGAGAGAGAGAGCUAUAGACUUGUUAUCCUUGUGCACUGAAGCCCUCUUCCGGAAUCUGCUCCCCCUGUAGGGGGGCUGGGGAGGGGGUGGUGUAGCAGGAAUCAGGAAUUUGUUACAGGGCAGAAGAUCCCAGAGGGUCUGGAUUUGAGCCUAGCUAUGCAAUCUAAGCCUUUCAAACCCCAGAUAAUCCUGGCCUUUGACUCCAGCCCCGAGUUGCUUCUCUCCUUGAUCCAGACAUCGUUUCUGUUCCCUUGGCUCCGAGAUGCUUACGCACGGCUGCGAGGAAGUGACACUUUCGCCUGCAAAGCGAAGGUGCCGGCUGAAGCGUGCCUUGCUGGCUUCUUGACAGGAGAGGGGCUGGCUGUGGACUAUCCUGCUUUAACACCCCUUCCCAAAGUGAUGGGAUGUUCAGAGCCGGUAUCAAAAGAUCAGGUGGGGGAGGGGUUGCCUUUUUUUAUAUCUGCAAAAAAAAUUUUUAAAAAACCCUCCUGUGCCCUGCAGAGCCAUCCAGGGGAUUCUGUCCCGGAGUCUGGAUUUUGUAUCUGAGACCAGCAAUGCAACUCUAGAGUAAUAUAGCAGAGCUUGGUGCGUGUGCGUGGGUGGGUGGGUGGGUGGGUGGCCUGGGUUUCCCACCCCCCACCAGCGCUCAUCCAUAAGUCCCAUGAGCUGGGACGAAGUUGCUUGCAGGCGGGCGAAAGGACCGUAAGUUCUGUUUUCUGUUCCCAAGUCUGACGCUUGCCAGCCGUUUUGGCGGGUUUGGGUCGGAUGGCGGCAUGGGCAUUCGAGAAAUCCAUUGGUGCUACUCUUGCAGGAGGGGGAGGCUAAAGGCUAGGGGGGAGACCUGAGGCCUCCCCUUCCUGCCUUGUGCCAGUCAUAAAACGUCUGCCUUCAGGGAACCUUCUCCAUGCAGACUCAUCUACUGAGGAACCUUAGUGCAAUGUGGAGGCUUCUGGGCAACACUGCAGGUGCACGCCAGGCCCCCUCCCCCCCGUUUCUCUGUGCAAACCUGAGAGAAUGACCUGGAAGAUGCCCCGUACUCUGUGGCUGCAUGGUGCAGGAGAUGGUGUGGUGUGGACAGGUGGGCAAACAGCCCUUCUGGUUUGGCAGGCAAAGGGCCUAAGGAGAUAGGACGUCAUCCUUGUGUAAAUGACAGUUUCCGUGGACUGCCUGAACCUCUCUGAUUGUGCAUGCAAGAGAUGGGGAUUUCCAGCCGCAGCUGCUGCAGUCUUUGUAUCUCCUUGCUGCGCUCUUUCCUUGUGGCAUCCUUCUGAAUGUGUUUGAAUGGGAAUUGUGCAUUGCCAAUCGCCGAUUAUGAUUUUUUUCUUUUUUGUAAGCUGGAGACUGUAUUUGAUUGUGUGUAGGUUCAUAAGUACACACGAAGAUAACGUCACGUCUGGUUCAGCCCCAGGCUCCUGCAUCUUCUGAGAGCUGCUGUAGCAUAGGGGUUAAGUGCUCGGGUUGUGAAUCAGCACUCUGCCGGUUCGACUCCUUCUCCUGCCAUGAGCUCAGCAGGUGGCCUUGGGUCAGCCACUCCUCUCAGCCCCAGCUCCCCAGCUGCAUUGCGGGGAUAAUAAUAACACCGUGUUCACUGAAGUGGCAUAUAAGUACACUUAUUAUUAUCUUCUCAGUCUUCUCAAAGAGCUCCUGAGAAGCUUCCAAAGUUUGAAAACGGCUGCCCCCCGUUUCAGGCCUCUUGGAUGGAACUUCUGUGCUCCACAUGUGGGUAACAAGCCGGUGACCCUAAGAAGUGGCACUUGCUAUUUACCGCAACACAAGCGCCCAUUAAAAGCUCCUGUAAUCUUUAAAGAUGGGCAGGCCUGGCUGAAAUCCAGCAGGCUCAGUUGUUUGCCUAUCCCUCCAUCACCAUGCUUGAGGAGGCCUCACCUGUUGAAUGUACAUUGUGGGGGGGGAUUGCAUAAUCAGUGUGAUGUUAGAAUUAAUAUUGAGGGAAGUCAGGCUGCCCCACCAUGGUGGUUUCUUGGACAUCAGGGUGCCAUUUUUGGAUUGGUACUGCAGCCUUUUGUUUACUGGCAAGACUCCUGGGCCUUUAGGAUCAGGUAGAAGUUCAACAGAUACAGUUUCUUCCACCAUAUAAUGGAUGUAGUGUGAUGGGUUAGAGGCGGCAACCUGGAGGAAAGGCAGGGCAGCCACUCCCAGCAAUGUGGCUUGUGUAUGGCAUUGGACAGCAUGUAUAAGACAGGAGAAACUCACCAGCCCAGAUCUUGAGACAGCUCCUGCACCUUUACGAAUUACAAGGCAGAGAAAAGGCCACCAGAAUUGGUGGGGGUGGGGGGAGAGCUACAAUCUUUAUCUUUCUGUCCCUCCUGAAACAAAGUAUACUAAAGACAUUUUAUAGACAUGGUUCAGAGAGCUCAGAGUAUAUAAUUAUAUAUAUAAAUAUAAAUAUAUAAAUCUCUAUGAUAAAGCUGAAUGUAUCUAGGUUUGUAUAUGGCACCCCUCCUCCCCCCCUUUUUGGUCCAAAUCUAAUUUAUUUUUAUUAAAGAUUAUUUGAUGUUUA